AUGGGAUCAAUUGGGGACGCACAAGGGGCGACCCGGUACACUAUCGGAAUCUUGGCUCUCCUCUCGGUCGUCUGCAUCUGGGUCUCGUCCAGCUUCCUCAUGAAUAACAUCUUUGCUGGACAAAAAUACAACAAGCCGUUUUUCGUCACCUACGUCAACACCGCAAGCUUCUCGCUCUACCUCCUCGGCCCUCUCUACAGACACUGCCGUCGGGUGUGUUCAGGGACAUCCAGAUCCAAUGGCAAGAGCGUACUCACCGAGACUACAACAACAGCAACGGAUGUUCCAACAGGAGGAAUCGAUUCACUGCUGGAGCAAGGAUCAACAGGAACACCAUCAAUCGCAGAGAACGACAAGCCAUUGACACACUGGGAGAUUGCACAACUCAGCCUCUCUUUCUGCAUCCUCUGGUUUGCCGCCAACUGGGCCACCAAUGCCUCCCUGGCCUAUACAACUGUGGCUAGCUCAACCAUCCUCGCAUCCAUGUCAGGAUUCUUUACACUCGCAAUUGGAUCGUUCCUGAAGAUCGAAGCCUUCAGCCCCGUCAAGCUGAUUGCUGUCUCUGGAAGUCUUCUCGGAGUCGCGCUUGUGAGCGAGUAUGAUCGUGGCAGUCCAAGUAUGGAGCCGUCUGCGCCCAAGGCGCCGUUGUUUGGCGACAUUCUGGCGCUGUUGUCGGCGUUAUUCUAUGGAUGCUACACGGUCCUCCUCAAGGUCAAGAUCCAGAACGAGAGUCGCGUCAACUUUUCACUCUUUUUCGGAUUUGUUGGUCUGUUCAACAUCUUGCUGCUGUGGCCAAUCUUUGGUAUCCUGCACUGGACGGGGGCCGAGCCAUUCGAGUUGCCGCAUGACACCAGGAUCAUUUGGAUGAUUGGCAUCAAUGCCUUUGUCGGGACAUUUGUAUCGGAUUACCUGUGGCUGUUGAGUAUGCUCAUGACAUCUCCAUUGGUGGUCACGCUAGGAUUGUCAAUGACAAUCCCAUUGGCAUUGCUGGGAGAUAUUAUUGGCUACGGUCGCGUUCUUGGCGUGGGAUACUGGAUCGGAGCAGGACUUGUGCUUGCAGGAUUCUUCGGCGUGAACGGAGCAGUGUUGAGUGAGAGGACGAGUGAGGCCGUUGUGGAGCAGGAUGAUGACGACGCUGGAGUUGCCUAUCCUCGCCAAGACCCACCAACCCAUCACAACAAAACCCCACCAGCAGAAAAAAAGCCAAGAGGAACCAUGCAGACAGAACCACCGCCAUACUCCCGGCGUCGUCCCUCCGGCCCACCCUCACCAACCUCACCAACCUCACCUCUGACCAACAGCCCGCAUCGCUCCUCAUCAACUGCAUCCACUGCAUCCUCAACUAAGCUCGCACUCCCCGACGACUACAACCCUCUCCAGUACCCGCCGCCAUCGCGCGUCCGUGUCGGGGUCAGACCUGACAUUGGCGAUGCCUCUGACCUGGAUGCCGAUGAAGACGAGCCGGAACCAGAAGAACAAGAGCCCGAACUAGCGCACCAAAGCGACUUCCCAGACACCAUCGGCGCCUUCCACACCAGCGGCAAGUCCAAAGUUCAAAACAUCCAGGGUGUUCUCCCACAUCAACAGACGCAGCCUGGAAGCCAAGGUGGGAGCAAACCGGUGACGACAUACAAGUUGCGGAUGCCGAUUCAGCCCAAGGAGUUUACCAAGGGUGUGAGGUUGGCGUUGCAGGGGUGCUUUAUUGCGCUUACCAACCCUGACUUUAGGAAUGGGCGGCUCUACAAGACCCUGUUCCGGUUGCUUCUUUUCACACUCGUUGCGCACCUGGUAACGCAGAUCUUGUUCUUCUUGCCUGUCGCGGCCAUUGGUAGUCUGAUGCGCGUCCUAAGUCUGGCCAUGGACACCGACACGUCUGAAUCGCAACGUGGUUUGGAGAUUUUCUCGAACAAGGCACACGAGCUCAUGAGUUCGAUCCCGCUGCUUGGACUACUCUUCCUUCGGUACAUGUACCCGCAACCUCUGGAUGAUAUCUUUGUUGACGGACUGAUCUACUCGGAUCACCUAUUGAUGCAGGAACACGAACACGCUAAAGCAGAACAGGCCAGGAAUCCCGUUGCAGUCGACCCCAACUCACCCUCGAUUUAUGUCAUGGACCACCGAGGACUCUUUGCCCCCGCUUUAUUGGCAUACCCGUACAAGGUUCAUCACUGGAGCGAGAUGUGGAGAUAUGUCCGUCGGUCCUGGAAACGUCUCAAGUGGGCUCUCCUCUUUUUGGUCCUCUCCUGGUUACCCAUCAUUGGACCCCUCGCAUUCCCAGUUGCCUCGUUCCUGUCAACCAUUCAGUCCAUCGGAUCCAAACCCUUAGCUAUUGUCUUUGGAGCGGGCUCGUUCUUCUUGCCAAGAAGUGUGUCGAUUUUCGCGCUCAAGGGCUUCUUUGGAUGCCGCGCCUUGACCCGUGAGUUGCUUGACCCGUACUUUAUUAGGAUCGGGAUGAGCCACUACCAGAAGCGAAAGUGGUUCAAUUACCGCAAGAGUGUUCUUUUGGGAUUCGGCGUUGUGUUCUAUGUCGGAUGCAGUAUUCCAAUCAUCGGUGUCGCCAUCUAUGGACUUGCACAGGCAUCAUCCGCAUUUGUGCUGCAGUCAUUGGCAGAUCCACCACCACCACCAGUCCUCAAGCCAAAGACCUCAUCGCCCAAGAUUCCUAAGCGCCAGGACUCCAGAUCCAAGCAGGAAUAA